AUGUUGUUCGGUAACGCUCUUGCGCUCGCCGUGUCGAGCUUGUCGCUGCUCGCGACGGCAGCGCCCGUGGCGGACGAGCCCCGGAUCGACUACGAUGCCGUCAUUGUCGGCGGCGGGCCUGCCGGCCUCGCUGCCCUGAGUGGGCUGGCUCGGGUCCGUCGCCGGGCUCUCCUCAUCGACUCGGGCGAGUACCGCAACGGGCCGACCCGCCACAUGCACGAUGUCCUAGGCUAUGAUGGCGUGACGCCCGCGUACUACCGCUGGGCCGCGCGCGGGCAGCUCGCGCACUACUCGACCGUGUCCAUGACCAACGGCACCGUCACCAAGGUCGAGCCGCAGGCCAACAACACCUUCUUCAAGGUCUCGGGCCGGUACUUUGGGCGCGACGACUCGACCGUGACGGCGCGCAAGGUGGUGCUCGCGACCGGCCUGCGCGACCUGCUGCCGCCGACAAAGGGCAUCCGCGAGAACUGGGGCAAGGGCAUCUACUGGUGCCCGUGGUGCGACGGCCACGAGCACGCCGACCAAGGGCUAGGCCUCCUCGCGCCGCUCGACUCGGUGCCCGGCCUGGUGCGCGAGAUCCUGACGCUGAACCGCGACAUCGUGGCCUUUGUCAACGGCACGGACACGCCGGCCGCGCGCGCCGCGACCGAGGACAAGAGCCCGCGCUGGCAGGACUACCUCAAGCUGCACGGCGUGCGCGUCGAGAACCGCACCAUCGAGUCGGUCGAGCGGCUCGCCAACGGGACGACGGGCGACGAGGACCCCUCGCUGCCGACGGCGCCGGAGCACGACCUGUUCGAGGUGCGGUUCGUCGGCGGCGGCGGGGAGCCGGUCCGCCGCAACGCCUUCCUGGCGAGCUUCAAGGAGGAGCAGGCGUCGACGUUGGGCGCCGACACGGGCGUCUCGCUGUACGGCGGGCGGCUCGCCGCAGAUGCGUCCAAGGGGCUGGUGACCAACAUCCCCGGCGUGUACGCCAUCGGCGACGCCAACUCGGACAACGUGACCAACGUGCCGCACGCGCUCUUCAGCGGCAAGCGGACGGCUGUGUACCUGCAUGUUCAGCUGGAGCGCGAGACGGCCGCUAAGGAGCUCGCGGCGCUACCUGAGAGCAACUCGACGGCCACCAAGCGAAGCGUCGACGAGCAUGCGCGGUCGCUGUGGGACGAGAUGAACGGGCGGCCGGACGAUAUGCUCUACGCUGGCAAGUUCGACCAGUGA